AGCCGUUGAGCUGAGCGCGUCUGACAUAUGAGCCCAGUAGGAGAAAAGCGCACAGAGCCGAACAUCCAAUGGGUCAAUCUCAGCGAGUUUACUCACUGGUUGGAUUCUGUCUGCAGCCAGAGCUUCUGGACUGAGUCAUUUCCCGCUGCUACACAUACUUGACAGCGAAGAGUUUUCUUGGAGAGUUCUUUUCCUAGAAGUAAACUCAGAAGAAGCGCACGGACGCAGCGAUGACAGCCGAGUUUAUUUCACUUCGAAGUCACUGAGACCCGCAUCCUGCUGCGCUGCAUCCGAUCCUAACUGACCCUUCUGGGAAGAUACAAAGGACAUACAGGAUGAAUUCCGCUUUUAUAGCAGUGUUACUUGGAGUGGUCGGGGCGCUGGCCAGUAACGAGGAUUGUUUGUCAGGCCAGUAUACAGCCAGCGGAGAGUGCUGCGAGCAGUGCCAGCCUGGUGAGGGUGUUGAGAGACCAUGUGGAGUCUCACAGACUGUCUGUGCCCCCUGCCUUGACAGUGAAACCUUCUCAGAAAACUUCAGUCACACAGAGAAAUGUCAGCCCUGCACAGCCUGCACAGGUCUGCUCCGCAUGAAGGCGCCCUGCACAGACUCCAACGACGCCACCUGUGUGUGCAACUAUGGCUACUAUAUGAAUGAACUCUCACAGCAGUGUGAACCCUGCACCAAAUGUCCUGAAGGCCAGGGCAUGCUGUACAGCUGUGAGUUUGACCAUGACACAGUGUGUGAGGAGUGCAACGGGGACACUUACUCGGACCAGGAAAGUUCUCGGGAGCCCUGCAUCCCCUGCACCACCUGUGAUGAGGGGGUGGAAAUUUUACAUCCCUGCACUUCUUUCACUGAUACCAUUUGUGAAGUUACCUACAGUUCAGUGAUUCCCACGACAUACUCCAUGGGCCCCUAUGAUAUAACUUCAGAUGAAAGCACCCCACCAGAGGGCUUGACAGAGAGCACCACAACCACCACCACUAAUGGUGAUUCCCAGCAGCGGCUCUACGAUGGUCUGAACGACAAACUCAUACCCAUCUACUGCUCCAUUCUGGCAGCAGUAGUGGUUGGCCUUGUGGCCUUCAUCAUCUUCAAGAGGUGGAACAGCUGUAAGCAGAACAAGCAAGGGGCCAACAACUGCACAGCCAAUCAGAACCAGACGCCGUCACCUGAGGGAGAGAAGCUGCACAGUGACAGCGGCAUUUCUGUGGACAGCCGAAGUCUGCAGGAGCAGCUGGCCCAGGCACAGACAGUUGUCACCAUGGAUGAGGAGCCUUGUUUGCUCCUUCCUCUCCACACCAGAGAGAAAGUGGAGAAGCUGCUGUUCAGGGGCAGCGAAGGAGACGACUGCAACCACAUGGACGACAGCGACUGGUGCAACCUGGCGGGCCUCCUGGGAUACGAGGAGGAGCGGAUCGCGACCUUCCGGCAGGAAGAGCAUCCUGUCCGCGCGCUCCUGUCUGACUGGGCGAGCAAGGACUGUGCCAGCAUCGACGCGCUGUGCACGGCGCUGCGCAAGAUCAACCGUGACGACAUCGCCCAGAGUCUGGUGUUAAGCCCAAAUGCUCCAAAGCCGACCGCCACUUCUGUAGUGUGAUAUAAGCUUAACAGCGAGAAAACCACCUGAACCUUAACCUUAAUAUUCUUCCAUGGCCUCCCUCACUCCACCCAAUUCAUGCUACAGCAGCUUUUUCCAAAUGAAGCCAGCAGUCACAGUGAUAAUCAAAUUUCAUGAACCCUGAAGAAUUAUUUCAUGUUUAAUCAAGGGAUAAUGCAGGAAGAUGCCAGAAAUUAAACAAAAACUGACUGAAUAUUAAAGUACUUAAUCAAAUCAGUUCCUUUCACUUAACCAUCAGGAUAUGCUCAUAAUCAAAAGAUUAAAAACCUCACAUUGUAAAGCCUAUGUGGAGGGAAAUAGUCUAUAACCAUUCCAUUUUGAGCCUGGAUAUGCAUCUGCCUUUCCACACUAUCUGAAAUCCAGCUUAACAUCUUCUGACUUUAUUAGCCACCAUGGAGCAGCAGGGCGCUUUGAACUGAAUCUACAGUGGAUAGCUGGCUCUCUCAUUCCUGCGACUUGAUCCUUUGACUCUUUAUUCUUAAACACACAUAGUCAGCGUGUCCCUUACUUAUACCGUUCAUAAGCCAGUGCUGUAUCUCUAUUUGUUGCUUUACAAAUCAAUGCUACCAAAGAGGAGUAAAUGUCUUGAGACCAUACCUGACAAGCAACAUUAUUUAUCUGCCAUGUUAGAUUUUGGGGGAUUUAAGUUGUCAAAUGGCUUGUGUCUCAAUGAUGCAUACCACAGUGUAUCUGGAUUAUGCAAAUAUGACAACCUGAAGAAAGAUGCUUGGACGCAUUUCAAAUGAACCUGUUCUCCUUCAGCAAAAAAAGAAAGCUAAGUCGAGCUAUUUACUCUUAUUUUAAUUACUUGUAUUAGAUUUAUGACAUUGAGCUGCAGCACAUGUGGAAUUAAUCUCAACUUCAGCUUUGUGAGUGAUUUCUGCAGACUCUUCCUUUUUCCGACAAGUGCUAUAAGAACUGCCGGCUGGACUCUAUGGAGAAGGUCAUUGACCGUGGCAACAUGAGACACUAUUCUAUGUGCUCAGGCCUAUCUGCAUAACACAGGAGCUCCCACACAGACUCCUUCAUACUGACCCAGAAAAUUGAAGGACGUGGAACUCAAAUCACCCAGCAAUGACUAUGUAUACUCUAUAGACACUGCACACACUAAAUAGAGAUAUACUGUAGAUACAUACACACGUAGACUUUCAGUAUGUAACCAUGCAUGCAUGUACUACACACAUACACACACUCAUCAUGUAUACAUUUACAUUCUCAUUCAUUGUAGGAGAAAGAAAACUUCAGAUCCUGCCAUAUACUGUGUGGAACACUCUCAUGAGGGGACCAUAUAUUGUUUAAUCUUAUUAUUAAUAGCCGAUAUAAGGUCAAAUUAAAACCCAUAUAAUUUUUAAUGUGUGCUAUAGAUAAUGAAAUACUACCUUAACAGUAAACAGCAUGCAGAAACUAGCAACUCAUUGUCAACCAGUGCACAAAUUCCAAAAUAAAGCACAUGCACAUACAGAAUAAUCAGGAUGCAAAACAAAAAUCCAGGGUUUUCUAUAGUUUUUGCUUAAUUUCUCAGGGUAUCUUGAAUGAUUAUGUUACUAAAUCAAUAUUACACUUAUUAUUGCACCCUCUAUAAUUGAACUGAACAAGGUGUAGUUGUUCAAGAGGAGACACUGUGUUUAUCCAAAUCAGUGAUUUCAGAAAUCAGAGUGACUGACAAUCCUUCAAACAGGUGAAUAAAAGAGGGAAACGGAUAAAAGGCAAGUCAGUAGAGACAUAAAUCAAAGGAUAUGGGAUGGAUUCAGACCAAGGGAAAGCAGUUCUGGAUUACUUAAAUGUAAAGGUAAAACCCAGGAAUCUGCAUUUGCAUUAAUCAGCUUGUUUAAGUAAAAUCAUGCAUUCCUCUCCUUGUGCCGGUAUGUGCUUUUUACAUUGUGUUGUGUUACAUCUAUUUGGUUUGAAUUUUGUCAGAGCAUACUUCGAAAAUGCUGCCAACUGAGGACCCCUAGCAACUAUUUGUUUUCCUUCCGUUUGUUCACUGUCUGUCUGUUUUUUUCUUUUUUGGGGGGGGGGGAUAUUUGAAGGAGGAAAUAGUUUACUAUACUAAUCUUACUUAUAUCACCAACUUCAUUUGUUAUUCUUGAUUGUACAUUGAUACUAACCGCUAGCAUACUGAGUUUCAUGCUGUAGUAUUACUUUAAAUGAAGGUAUUCUCACUCCCACUCUGUAAGGGUUGUUGCAUUUUAAUUCCCAAAUAACAACUGUAAAUGGUAUUAUAAUUCUCUUAUUGUCCUGGAUUGUAGCACUUAAAUGUGUAAUUAUGUAUGUCUGUUUUGCAUCACAAGUGCCUGGGAACUAUUUCAGGUGUCCACUGAUGUUGUACAUUUUAGUUUUUAGCCGUUUUUGUAAGUAUAUCUCCUUUAGUUGUUGUUGUUUUUUUACUUGUAAAUAAUUUGUCUUUUUCUAGUUUUUAUUUUAGUUAAAGCCUAGAAGGCGCUACUGUACAAUGUCUAUGUGAAUGGGACAUUGUUCCAAUAUCAAUGCUGUCCUAGUUUAAAAGGGUAAGAAGGGCAAAGGGAAGGGAGGUGCCUUUGUGAGGUACUUGGUGCAAUUAACAAAUUAAUCACCAUUAUGUGUAUUAUUGUAGUACAUCAUUAAGACGUGUGGAACCAAAGAAAUUUAAAUACUUUCAAGGCUAAUCAGAACUGGAAUGGCUCUGAUGGUCCAUUUGGAACCGUCAGAAAUAUUAUUUAACAUUAUUAUACACUGAUUUGAGUGCCCUGUGCUGUUAGUCAAUCUCUUAUUAGUAUUCAACAUUUUGGGAAAUACACUUUUUCGCUUUCUUAACGAGAGUUAGAUGACAAGAGCAAUACCACUCUCAUAUGUGUGUGUUCAGUAUAAAGCUUUAGCCAGCAGCCGGUUAGCUUAGCUUAGCAUAAAGACUAGAAACAUAGGAAAACAGCUAUCUUGGCAAAGGUAGCAAAAUCUGCUUACCAGCACCACUAAAAUGUACAAAUUAGCUUAUUAUAGCUGGUUUGUUUUAUCUGUAAGUUUUGUGGUGUUACCAGACUAUUUAUGUCUCCAAUAACAUAAAUAGUCCGGUGCUGGUAAGCAGACUUUGUUUAGGCUAGCUGUGUCCUCCUGUUUCCAGACCUAAUGCUAAGCUAACUGGUUGCUGGCUGUAUAUUUAUCAGAUAGAUAUAAGAGUGGUAUUUUUCUUUAGCCCUCUGCAAAAAAGUAAAUAAGCAUUUUUCCCAAAAUGUCAAAAUAUUGCUUUAAAUUAAAAGACCAAUAUAAGCAGAAAGGUUUAAAGUCAUUUGCAACAGUUAAUAGGAAUGCUCCUUAAUAUUAUACUCUGUCACAUCGAUAUAGACAUAAGUAUAUAAGUGUCCAUAGCAUACAACUUGCUUCAUACGCACGUUGAGUCAUAAAUUGAAUGAGAGAUCCAAGUUCCCAAUUGUCCUGAAUAUGUAGGCUGGACCUGAUCUGCUGUUUUGAUUACAGACAGACUAAUUGGAAAGUUAUACAAAAUAGUCGUCUAAAUAUGGAUUGACAAAACUUGGGCCUCAUCUCCAUUUUGGAUUGUGAAACUUAAGAAAGUGAUUUAGUUUUCUAUAGAUGUGUUCAUGAUUAGCCAUUACUUCAGAAUGACCUUCCCUGAAUGCCCUUUGUUCAUUACUAUAGUUUAGUUAACGCUAUGUUCAGAGUUUGUCCCCCUGUCAGUAACUGUGACUGAAGAUGGAGACUCUUUCCUUGGGCAGUAUUUGUUUAGUUUUAUAGAUAUGAGAGAUUUAAUGGUGACCAGAUUUUGAAUUGCUUGUACAGUAAAUCCAACUGAAGGUGAACAUGUCAUGACAUUGCACUUGAGAGUAACAAACUAGUCAUGCAGAUGGGGGGAGGGGAGGGGAUAAGGUUUGAAUAAAAGUCCUGGUAAUGUAGCUCAUACUAACGAGACUGACGGCGCACCAGGACUGAAAUGUACAGAUCUGAGAAUUGUUCAAUGUUCCUUGUGUACUAAUACAUAUACUGUACUAUACGUAAUGUGAAUUUGCAAAAUUCCUACAUCAGACAAGCAGUAAAAUCAAUAAUAAAGUUCAAGUCCUCUCA